AUGUUUUACACUUCCGAAGAAAUAAAUGCGGUUAAAAUUCCCAGCGAGGAGCAUUUAUUUGAACUUGAUCCGUGGCUAGAACCGUAUAGGUAUGAAAUCAAACGGAGAUACAAGUGUUUCGAGGAUUAUCAGAAAUGGAUAGAUAGCGUAGGUGGAAUGGAAUCAUUUACUCAAGGAUACAAACAAUUUGGGACCCACGUGGAUCCAAAUGGAGCCAUUAGAUGUCGCGAAUGGGCCCCAGGAGCCAAAGCAAUUUAUCUUCGGGGAGAUUUCAAUAAUUGGAAUGAAUUUGAGUAUCCUUUCAAAAAAAUGGAAUUUGGAAAGUGGGAACUUGUUAUUCCACCGACUUCUGGUGAUGGGAAACCGGUGAUACCGCAUCUCUCGAAAGUCAAGCUUCUAGUUAUUGGCCCAGAUGGAACCAAGCAUGAUCGUCUCAGCCCGUGGGCGACUUACGUGAAAAACUUUGACAAGAACAUAGUAUAUGAUCAAGUAUUCUACAAUCCACCUUCGGUAGGCUCACUUUCACGAAACCUGACUGUAUUGCAGCGCUACGAAUUCAAAUACUCCCAUCCGCCUAGGCCAAGGGCUUUGCGAAUCUACGAGACCCACGUUGGCAUCGCGACGUCGGAGUUGAAGGUAGGCUCUUACCUGGAGUUCAAGGACAAGGUGCUGCCGAGGAUCGUCGACCUAGGCUACAACUGUAUCCAGUUGAUGGCGGUUAUGGAGCACGUCUACUAUGCCUCCUUCGGCUACCAGGUGACCAACUUCUUCGCUGCUUCCAGCCGCUAUGGCACACCGGAUGAGUUGAGGGAGCUGGUGGAUGAGUGUCAUCGCCAGGGCAUCAUUGUCUUUCUCGAUGUGGUCCACAGUCAUGCCUCUAAGAAUACCGCGGAUGGAUUGAAUCAGUUCGAUGGAACAGACUCUUGCUACUUUCAUGCGCAUGCCAGAGGAGUUCAUCAGCUCUGGGAUUCGCGUCUCUUCAAUUACACUGAGUUGGAAGUACUUCGCUUCCUCCUUUCGAAUCUGCGGUGGUGGAUUGACGAGUAUGGCUUUGAUGGUUUCCGUUUUGACGGCGUCAUGUCGAUGAUCUACCAUCAUCACGGCCUCAACACCAAUUUCUCCGGAUCCUACGGCGAGUACUUUGGGCUGUCGGUGGAUACGGAGUCGUGGACCUACCUCAUGCUAGCCAAUAGCUUCCUACACAAGAAGUAUCCCUUUGUUAUCACCAUUGCGGAGGAGGUCAGUGGAAUGCCCACUCUGUGUCGUCCCGUGGACGAGGGAGGUGCGGGGUUCGACUACCGUCUCGCCAUGGCCAUUCCCGAUCUCUGGAUUGCGUUUUUAAAGAAACGCUCGGAUGAGGACUGGGACAUGGGGAAGAUAGUACACAGCCUGACGAACCGACGGUGGGGUGAGGCUAACAUUGCCUACGCAGAGUGCCACGACCAGGCACUGGUGGGCGACAAGACUAUCUCCUUCUGGCUGAUGGACAAGGAGAUGUACACCCACAUGAGUACUCUUUCUGAUCCCAGUCUUAUCAUUGAUCGGGGUAUUGCGCUGCACAAGAUGAUACGAUUCAUCACCCACGCCCUCGGCGGCGAGGGAUAUCUCAAUUUCAUGGGCAACGAGUUUGGUCACCCGGAGUGGCUGGACUUCCCACGACAAGGUAACAACAGCAGUUACCAUUAUGCGCGUCGGCAGUGGCAUCUCGUCGACGAUCCCCUGCUCAAGUACAAAUUUCUUAAUAACUGGGAUCGUGCCAUGCAACACCUGGAGGAGAAGUACCACUGGCUCAGCGCUCCUCAGGCCUACGUUAGCAGAAAGCACGAAGACGACAAGGUGAUUGUGUUUGAGCGAGCUGGUGUACUGUUUGUGUUCAAUUUUCACCCACAAACGAGCUUCACAAACUACCGCAUCGGCGUUGACACCCCUGGAAGCUACAAGAUCAUCCUGAACUCGGACCGAGAGGAGUUUGGCGGCUUCAAUCGUGUCGAUGACUUAAUGGCUAUGCCGACCACAGAGGAGGGGUGGGACAACCGACGCUGCAGCAUGUACGUCUACAUCCCCUCGCGGGUAUGCAUGGCCCUCGCUCUCUACUAG